GCGGCCCGGCCUCGCCCCCCGGGCGCGCGAUGCGGCGCGCCCGCACGCCGCGGCCUGCGGCCUCGGCGGCCAUCGCCGGGUUCGCCGGUGCGUGCCGCGUCCUGUUGUUCGUGCGCGCCGGGCUGGCCGCGGAGGCGAUCCCAGAGUACAGAGGCUGCUAUGUGAACACCGGCGCGGAGCGCCUCAUGGGGCACAUCAGCGACAAGUCGAUCCAGUGGUGUGCUGCUGCAGCCAGGGUUGACGCCUUGGAAUUCUUUGGCAUGGAGUGGCCGGGCAACUCCGAGACCGAGGGCAACGCGGCGUGCUUGACUCUCGCAGGCUCGCCCGCCCUCGCCGAGGCGCCGGACGAGGAGUGCGAGGACGAGGUGGCGGACGGGCACCGCCUCGGAGGGCGGAGCAGGCUGGCCGUGUACGCGACGUCGCCCCUGGAGGCCGCGACGACGGCCAUGGUCAGCACCACCGAGCUGCAGGACGGGAGCAGCCCCGUCGUGGACGAGCAGCUCGAGAGGCGGCACCGCCGC